CCCCACCUCAAAAAUGCGGCUGAAAAAAAGUUUGUGGUGGUGAAAGUAUGGCUCAUUUACCGAGCAUAAAUCCUUUCUACGAGCCACCGAAGUCGUUAGAUCGACCUGACAUUUGUAAUGUGGAUGAAUUGGCGGGAGACGCACCUUAUGUGACCGAAAUUUGUUUUGGUCCGAGUAGUUCCAGUUCGAAAUCGAUAACAACAGAUGACGAAAAUGAAGACACCUUGGAGCCUGUGUGGCAGCAGUACAUAGACCUGAGGGGGGAACUGUUUUACCUGGAGUCAGAGGAUAGCCCAGGUGUGUCUCACCAGUCCAACCACACCCCAGAUAAUGGCAGGAAGCACUCCCACACAAAUGGCUCAGCAAUUCCCACCGAAAACAACCACCACCCGACAAACAGGAAUCUCGCUAAUUUACCCGAAAGAACAACAUUGUCAGAUAGAAACGGUUAUAACCAUCACAAUGUGGUCAGUAAGCCAAAGAAACAGAAAGAAGUGCUCAUUAUGGCAAACCCGAGAAACUGCCAAGGUGUUAGCAAUGAGGAUAAUGGUGUGAUGUAUUGUGAAAAGUUGUUUGGGAUUAUACUAUGUCAAUACAGACCACGUGUCCCUAAUGGAGGGCUGGAGGACUAUUCCAGGGUUAAGAGGGACAGGAAACUGAUUGUUCAGGGUGUGGUGACUGGCAGCGAGGCUGAGAAAUCUCGUCAGAUAUACAGAGGUGACAUGCUGUUAUGUGUGGCUGAUGUCGCGGUCUCAUGGAAUAACUUAGAUAAUGUGUUACGCUCUAUUUCCAGACCGUCUCAGGUAAAAUUGACCUUCCAGUCACCAGUGGUGGUAGGUCCUAGUCCAGUCCAGCCUCAGGAACCCGUUCCCCUGCCCACACCUAGUCCUGGUGACCACACUUUGUUGAAGGCAUUACUAGGGGAGGCAACACCCUUCUCCAGUCCCUCCCUACAGAAGCUACCUCAUGCUGUACUCUACCUGUCACUGGACAGCAAGUCAGAAUCCUUAUCCAGCAAGGAGGACAUUGUGUACCAGUUCCCGCGCCAUGACAGUAAGCUGGUUGAGCUGAGGGGAGUGUUCCUCACACUCUGUAGUAUACUGAUAGAGGUCACCAAUAACUCGGCCAGACAUUCCACAGUGCUAUGGGAGAACCAUGUAGUCAAUAUUGCUUAUCACAAAGAAGGACGAGAUGUCUUCGUCCUGGCCUUGCCGGCCAAAGUAGUGCCGUUACAUCAUUUAAACCAUAUCUUGUCAGAUACCAUCAGGAUACUGAAGGUGUCCUUCGGCUCUGUUGUCAGCACGUCCCGCAGUUUCCUGGACGUCCUGUCUGGGGUGCGCUGGCUGCAGCUGGAAGAUGAAUCAAAGGGAUUUUUAUGUUGCAAUCAUUUACCACCUGAAGACUUCCAGGAUGUGUACCUGUUCCUAAAGUACAACUGUGUGUUAGCAUACACAUCCGAGUACAAGGUGCGGCACUUGGUGCUGUGGCACGAGCUCUUUCCCACGCGACGAUCUCACACCACUGAAGAGAACAGUGUCCCCGGUUACACGGAGCCUGAUGCUCGCUACUUCCUGCUGGUCGUGGGAAUGGUAAAAUUGACCUUCCAGUCACCAGUGGUGGUAGGUCCUAGUCCAGUCCAGCCUCAGGAACCCGUUCCCCUGCCCACACCUAGUCCUGGUGACCACACUUUGUUGAAGGCAUUACUAGGGGAGGCAACACCCUUCUCCAGUCCCUCCUACAGAAAGCUACCUCAUGCUGUACUCUACCUGUCACUGGACAGCAAGUCAGAAUCCUUAUCAGCAAGUAUUGAGGACAUUGUGUACCAGUUCCCGCGCCAUGACAGUAAGCUGGUUGAGCUGAGGGGAGUGUUCCUCACACUCUGUAGUAUACUGAUAGAGGUCACCAAUAACUCGGCCAGACAUUCCACAGUGCUAUGGGAGAACCAUGUAGUCAAUAUUGCUUAUCACAAAGAAGGACGAGAUGUCUUUGUCCUGGCCUUGCCGGCCAAAGUAGUGCCAUUACAUCAUUUAAACCAUAUCUUGUCAGAUACCAUCAGGAUACUGAAGGUGUCCUUCGGCUCUGUUGUCAGUGCAUUCCGACAUCGUGAGAAUUUCCCCCAGUGUGACCAGGUCUUCUCGUUGCUGUUCCACCGCAUGUUACAGAGCCAGGAGAUGUACCUGCUGGGGCUGAACUACGAGCAGACGUCCCGCAGUUUCCUGGACGUUCUGUCUGGGGUGCGCUGGCUGCAGCUGGAAGAUGAAUCAAAGGUGGAGUAUGAUAAUAUUUUAAGUGAACUGGAAGCUGGAGAUUUUACCGAUGAUGAUGAAGAAAUAGUAGAGAUGAGAAGAACAUACACAAUGAUGGGUAGCUGUUUAUUUUACAAGGGAUUUUUAUGUUGCAAUCAUUUACCACCUGAAGACUUCCAGGAUGUGUACCUGUUCCUAAAGUACAACUGUGUGUUAGCAUACACAUCUGAGUACAAGGUGCGGCACUUGGUGCUGUGGCACGAGCUCUUUCCCACACGGCGAUCUCACACCACUGAAGAGAACAGUGUCCCCGGUUACACGGAGCCUGAUGCUCGCUACUUCCUGCUGGUCGUGGGAAUGCGUCACACUGUUCUGGCAGUGCUACUGGAGGCUGGUGGGUGUGCAGCCUGGGCUGAUGGACACCCCUCACCUGACCCCUUCUACGUAGAUCAGGUCAAGGCAACUCUCUUACAGCUGGAGGGGGCAGAGCUUACAGAAACCUGUGAGACAAGGCUGCAGACGAUUCCUGGAGGGCCAAGCCUUGUUGGGGCUGACUGGAUGUUAGCUGCCUCUAGUCGUGGAAAGGAAGAACUGUCACAGGUGUCCCCCAUCACCAAGAUACAGAACUCUCCACGCUCAGUGUUAACUCCCAACAAGCACACACCAGAAAGUAACUACAAGUGGAAAGCCAGCCCACAGCUCGACAAAAGACCAGUCUCUUUUGGAGGCGAUAGUGAUGAUAGUCACUCUGUAGGUAACACUGAAACCUCCACCCCCACAGCCUUACGGCGUCAGAGCCACAGGUCAUCUAAUGGCUCUUUGGAGUCGGCUGGGAGUGGGAGUAGUUCGGGGGCACAACGGGGGCGUUCCAGGGGAGGAGGUUUACUAGAUAUGUCCAGCCUGAGCAGAAGUCUGGGCAUGUUACAGGACACCACCCUCAGCAAUAAGAUAACUCGUGGUGUGAGUAACAUUCUGUUCCACUACAUCAGCUUAGAGACACUGGAAGGUGUUUACGUGUGUCCCAGUCAGCAUGAGCUCUCCGUCGUGAAUGGUGCUAUACACAGCCAGGUGCUGUCCAACUUCCACAGGUGUGCUCUACAGAUACACAAACAGUUUGAGUGUGCCAAGCAGAAACAGAUGCAAAGUGUCAGCAAGUUGUACAGAUUCAGCUCACGACAGUUCUACAGUGAGGUGAAGGAGCAGGCUGUGUUAUUUCAGUUCAUGCCUGGGACGUGGAACGAUCCCAAGAAACCACCACCCACACUGGCGUACUGGGUCAUAGGGCGUGUUUUCCCUCCUCCAUACAGUAGAGAGGUGUAUGUGUGUAUCCAUGAUUCAGCCAAUCAGAACCUGGUAGAGAUGGCAUUCUCCUUGUCUUGGGGUGUGGCCACGUGACAGCACCAAUUGUUCUGUUUACAUGUACCCCUACAUGGUGAUGUUUCACAUCAAAGCUUACCCAAAGGUGAUUCACCAGCACUGACUCAGAGGUCCUGAGAAUGAAGGCAAGCGAGGGACAGUUGUAAUGUGACGAGGAAAGCUUGUGGAUAGUCUACUUGUCUUUAGAAGAAGAUGCAAAAGUUUAGAAAUUAAGUUAGCAAAAAUUUUUUUGUCACCAGGUGUUGAUUCGUACUAAAAGUGCUAAUCAAAUACCUUUCUGAGAGGAAGGAAGACUAUUUGUACAAAGGAAAGUGAAGUUUUAAUGUUGAAAUUUGUGGCAAGAAAAAUCAUGCAUUGUCUGUGUGGUUGAGGCAAAUUUUCACCAUAUGAAUUAUUUAAAAACCCAGGUGUUCCUAAGAACCAAAAUUGCUGGAUGGAUAGACAGCAAAAGUACUGUUUAAUCAGCUCUGUUAUCUACUGUUGUUUUUACUGGUAUACACAGUAUACAUUGCCUUUCAGCCACUAGUAUGUGAUUUUGUCAACUGACCAAUGAGAGAAGGCCUGUUAUUUGUUUUUGAGCUUUCUCAAUUACUGUGUAUUUACAUGUACAUAUCUUGAUUUUCAUUGGCUGAUGUGUUAUGAUACAGUUGUACAGUCUGUUAUACCUAUUUGUGGUGUGAUUCAUGUGUGGUUUGUUCUAUUACCCACUGUGCUACUGUCUCCGUGUAAGAUGCUGCAGAUCUGAAGUCUCUACAAAAGUUUACUUUCUUGUUUAGGUACAGUUAUACAUGUAUUUGUACAUGUGUAUGUGUUUUCAGCUGUCAAGAUAUUGAGCUGCCUAUUUGAUAUACAUAAGCGAUGAGUUAUUCAUGAAAUCACUGACAUAAAUUUCAUGUAUUAGUCAUUUCUAAAACUCAUCAACAGAUUUGGUAUCUUUUUUGGUGGAUUUGGUAGUAAAUAUAUUUCAUCUAUACUGUUCACAUUAUUUCAUGAUAAAAAGUGCUAGAAGAAGAAAAUAAA